ACACUUUAUUAGCAAUUUAGCAUUAUGUCUUCUCAAAGGGCAGAUCAGGUCACGUUAUCGGACAACAAACCUGUGAUAGGGCUUCGUCCGAUCAAGGAAAGGAACAAGAGAUCAGAAGCUUUGAUUAAGGAACAGGUAUGUAUAGUCUAGAUUUAACCGAGUUUUUCUUUGAAUAAAUUGUACUUGUUAAGUCACCUUCUUAUGAUUUUAGAAAGCUAUGAAUUAUUUAGAUGACAUUUAAAGAAGUUAAUGUUUAAUUUAGGAAACCGUCACAAAACCCGUCACCACAAACGAAUUUGGUGUGGAGAUGGCCCAAAAUGUCAAAAUUGUGUAUGAAGUGAUAUCUAUAGGGUUCUUUCUAUAAAAAUCAUACAAAAAAGCGUACUUAUUGCCAUGUAGAAUGUACUUGAUUAUUGAUUUGUCCUACCUAGCUUCUUAUUAUGAGAGGAACUCAGGAUGCUCUACAGAAAACCCUACAGAACCUUGGAAAAGCUGUUGCAGAGGUUAGGUCAAUAAUAAUGUAACAUUUGCUUGUGAUCAUAUGCUCAGAGAAGACUCUCACACUUGGUUUCAGAUCAAGGAGCAUCAGAAAAACCCUUUAGGGUUAACAAGUGAUUCAAAGUACAUUUACAUUUACUUACAUCCGGGUGUAAUGAGUUGCAAAUUGUAUUAAUUGCUAUAAGUCAAACUUGAAGGCUUUGUCAAUUUUUGGAAUCUCAUUAGCCUUCUUGGAUGUGUUAGAAUUUUAAUAUUUUAAUAGCAGUGUGACAAAGUUAACUGCCACUAACCUAGAGGCUGACUUCAGGUUUGCAGUCAAUCCUUACAAGUGUAGGCUCAAAUUAAAUUUUGGAGUCUGAUUAACAUUGGGUCUUUUCUGAGUUCUCGAGAAGUUUGGUAGAGAAUGUUUUUCAGUUGCAGAUCCAGUUUGUUUUCUUUUUUAUUUAUUUAUUUAUUUAUUUUUUUCGUGUACUUACCUCCCCCCACCCCACCCCACCCCACCCCACCCCACCCUCCCUUUUCUUUUUUCAAUCAAUGGAGGGGGGAGGGUGGUUCAAUCUUUGGACUAAUAGGUCACAGUGGAAAUUUGUGGAUACAUUAGGUACCCACUCACUUUAAUUAAAGUGAUUUUCUUUCAGUUCUUACCUUUUGCAAUCUGCUAAAACUUGCAUAAUUUGUUUUCUUUUUUACAUUAAUAUCCCAGUAUGUGACUGUGUGAUAAUAUUUUAUCACUUUCUUGUGACAUGUCCUAAUUUUCAUUACUUUCAAUUUCUUUGACAGGAUGAUCAUGAAAAGAGUAAGGAGGAAUUAGAGCAACUAUUUGGCAAAAGUGAAGAGCUGCUUGUAGUUAUACAGGUACUCAGCUAUUAUAAAGCAUAAUAAGCUGCCUAAUUAGCUGUACCUAGCUAAAUGAGUCUGUGAUGCAUACAUUGUGGUUCAAAUUUUCUUCUUGUUCAAACUCUCAAAAUAGUAUUAUCAACUUUUAUUUUUCUUUCUCUUGAAUUUACCUCUGUAAUCAGGAUGAUAAUUGACAUCCAUUUAAAAGAAAAAAAUAUAUAAUGAAUUUGCUUAAAAAACCCUAACCUAAGAAAAAGUUGAACCUUAACAUAUGCAAAUAUUGUAUUUGUAAUUAGAAGAGAAUAAAAUUUGUUGCUAUUAGGUUAAGGAAUUAAUUUAUUUUUUAUUGCUUUGUAGGUUUUGAUGAAGAUUCGGAAUGAGCUAGCAUAUGCACAACUAGACCUGGAGAGAGCUAUAAAAGUGAAUUCUGGGGUAAGAUUCCAAUGAAAUUACAAUGAUAUUCGUAUGAGAAUUUAGGUGCUAAUCAUUUUCAGUGGUCAAAGAUCAUAGAGACUAGUGAGAACCUGAAAAAUCUCCUCCCAUAGUUGAUUGAUGUCAAUAUUGAUUCUCCCCCUUGCAGCAAUGGUCUCUCUCCGGUUUGAUUAAUUAUAGUAUCUGAUUGAUUAUUUUUAAAUGUCUGAUCAUUUGUUUGUAUUUUUAACACUUAUGUACUUAGGUUGAUGCAGCCAAAAAGAGGGUGAAAUGGCUUCAAGACAGACUGGAAAAAGUACUGCUUACAGCUAAAAGCUACUGCCACUUAUACAACAGGUUGUUGUUAGCAAGAAGCAAGGUACUAAACUUUGCCAAAUAGACUGAUAUUAUUAUUCUUUCAGUAAUCAUAAUGGUUCACAAAUGAUGACUAGAUAUAAAUACAGUUGAUGAUCUUACAGUGCUUAUUUUCUAUCAUACACCUUCCAUGAACUGUAUGGGAACUGUAUAAAAUGUUAAUAUACUUCAACUAAUUAAAAGCUAUUUCCUUCAAACCAGACCCCUGAGACCCCUGAAUUAGGAUUAAAAGAUCAGAUUUCUGAAAAGCUGUGGAAUCAACUCACAGAGGGACAACAACAACUACUUAAUAAUGAAAAAGGGAGACCAGCUAGUACACUGGACAACAAACAGGCAGCACCUAUUGUGAAGGAAAUUGCUAAAAUGCAGUUAGCAGGCUCCAAGGCACUUGGUAACCUAUAGAUUUUUCUGAAGAUCAUUUUCAUUUCCUUAAAAUAGAUUCAAAACCAGGAAGCUAAUGCUUGCGUAUUUGAAUAUACAGUUACACUGCUUCUACAUACCGUCAUACAACUGACCCAUCCCAGAAACAAAUCCCUGAAACAUGAAAUCUUCUUUUCAUAACCGUAUUGUAGUUUUCUAACAAAGGUGAGACAACAAACACACAUAUAUUAAACCAUGUUACUUUUCUAAAAGCCCCAGUUUUGAAAAGUUGUUGACAGUUAUCUCACAACUCUUUGCACUUUGUCAUCUUAUGAAAGUUCAUCACCUCUCUUUUUUGAUAUCUGUCUUGGAUAGAGCCAACCUGUAGAGAGAGUUUUCCCUAAAUACAAAAUCUUUCACUUUGUAGGAUCAAUCUCAGCGACUUCUGUUGAUGAAAAGGAAAGAGAUGAACAUCCAGUUAUACACGUAGUAACUGACACUGUUCUACAGAAUGAGAAGGAAAAUACUUUCGGAGAAAAGAGCUUGUCUCAAAAAAGGUAACCUUGAACUGCUAUCAGUGGCUUAAGAGCCUGACUAGGUGGAUGUUAAUUGAUAAAGUCCUUUGAUAUUUUGAAGUUAUCAUAAAAUUUAAAGAGAUCUUCUCAAACAGGAAACAACGGAAGAGGUCACAUGGCUCCAAAGGUGGUAGUAAUCAGUCAUCAUCUCACAGCUUGAUGCAGAUGUUUCCUCCAACAACUCCAAAGGAGGAUCAGUCUGAUCAAGAAUCUGAUACCACUGCUGAACCACAAUCAGAACCAGAGGAUUUUGAUGAUCAACGAUCUGUUUCUGUGGUUAGUUCUGUGGGCAUUCAAGACUUAGAGGGACAUGAAGCUGAUACCAAGGACAUUCCAACAAUGGAGGUUUCUGAGACAGCUGAUACACCAUUUGGUAUGUUAUGAAUUAAUGAUCUUACUCUUUAACCCCUUAGAGUGACUAAAAUCAAAUUUUUUCUUUCCGUGUCACUGCUGAACCAAACAUUACUGUCAAAGAAGCUCUUGUUUUUUUAAUAAAUUUUCCUCGUCAGUAAAAUAGUAAAUGUAGAGAGAACAGAAUGGAGAAUGUGUAUACUGGUGUAAUUUUGUAAAGGGUUAAGGUUACCUCCUGUAGGCUAAGUAGCCCAUUACUCCUGGUUUGUAUCCAUGAAGAUAUCCAUAGAAUGAUUGUAGCAAGUAAAACUAAUAAUAAUUGUAGCUACACAUCCUGGAUGGAAUGCAAGCUCAUCUCGGGUAAGAAUAGGUCAGCAGGGUAUCAAGUUUCCAUGAUAGUUGGUUAGGAGUCAUAUAACUUUGCAUGCUCCUGGGAGGAGAGAGACACAAGUGUCAGUUGUCUAAGAACACAACAUGCAAGGGCUCAACAUGCUCAAAUUUCAAAUUUUCAUGAUUGUGUAGUGUCAUUUGGUGGAUUUACACUGUAAAGCAAUGGUUAGCCCUUUACACCCUAACAUUAGUAAGUACUUACAUACAGUAUUGACCUGGAGAAUUUGUUUAACAAUCAAGAGCUUCUUGACUGAGAUGCGAGUCACACUUGGAGACUGAAGGGUUAAAAAGAUUGGCCAUUUCUUCAGUUUACUUUACCAGUGAGAAUCCUUUUCCUGAUGGUUUUUGCAGUCUGUGUGUGUUUUUUUGCUUGAAUAUUUAAGUCUAUGUAACACUCUGAAUCAGCUUUAAAUCUUCUUGUUGUUGCCUUUUAGGUACAGAAGGUUCACCAAAAAGCAAAACUGACAGAGCAAGGCUUGGAAACUUGAGAGCAAUUUCUACAGCAGACACAAGGAACGAGGAAGGUGAAAACAUGGAUGAUGAUGAUAAGGUCGCAGAGUACUGGAACUCAGAUCAUCACAAGUUUGAAUGGUCAAAUUAUAUGCAGAGUCUGGAUUCACGUUCUUGGCAUGCCCUUGGGCUGGGAGUACCUGAGAGUUUUUUGUCAAGAGGUCAGUAUUUUUAUUACUUAAGAAUAUGUAGUAUAGCUCUAUCUCUGAUCACCUGAGGGAGGUUCUUAAAGGGGCCAUUAUUGAUGAAAGUGACUGAUAUCUGAACAACAAAAUGUCAUCACCAGGGACAACUGAUUAAAUACAAUUUAAUUAAUUAUAUAUUUAUGGUAUUUAUCUUUAUUGAAGAUGCCAACUCCAUUUAUUUAUAAAUUAACAAAUUAUUCCUUCUUUAUUAAAACCAUUAAGAAAUAAUCACAUGAUGAUAAAAGUUUAAAAAAAUGCACUGUAGAAGUACAUGAAGAAGGGAAAAAAUUAAGAAUCCAGCAUCUACUGAAUUAAUAAGGUUGUUGUCUGUGAGCUGAAUAUUUUUAUAUUUUUCCUGCACUGGACUUUAUUGAUGACUGCCUGCUUAGGUUUUUGAAAAAUCAGGGAAUAGUCAAUCAUGUCAUUAAAUUAUUAGAAAAUCAUUUCCUUAGUUCCACUUUUCUCUGAUUUGCAGAAAAGCCACAUUUUGACCCAGAACUUCCUUGGAAAGAGAAACCAAUGAAAGUUACCAGUGUCAUUGAUGUGCAUGUAUGUACAUAGAUUAUAAGCAUGGUAUUAAAACUAAUCCUUUACACUUUAACAUCAAAUUGAAUAUGCAAGUUCUCAAUACUGUUCUCUAUAUACAUUUUCUACAGUACUUACAAAGAGAAUUUGUCUAACACUUGAGAGCUUCUUGAGUUGGCGAUCAUUUCCUUUAUUCUCAUGACCUUAAUAUUUGAUUCAGGGGGGAUGCUGUUGGGAAAAAUUGGAUGCUUAUAAAGAAUAAUUGGGAGUUUUUCAUGAAGUGAUGAUGUGGUUUACAAAAUUGUUCUGCUCAAGAAUAUUUUCUGAUGAAAUGGGUGAACAAAGCAGACACUUAAUAUGUGACUCUCCAUUUCAACUUUGCAUGGAAGUUAUGAAUGAAUAAACCCACCUGCUGAAAAUGGAAAUUAUACUUGCAAAUCAUUUGUCAAACUGAAAAGAUUUCACCAAUUAUUACAAUUUACUGGUAAUUUGCAACCUGGUUUAAAGGACGUUCUUUAUUAUCAUUUUUUUUUUUCCCACAGAAAAUUGCACUUGACAAGUUGCUGUUGAGACUUCACAAAAUGUAUGAGGCGAUUGGGCAAGCCACUCAGACAACAAUAGACCCCAUUUUGAAAGAUCAAAAAAUUGAGACAGUGAUGGGAAAACUUGAACGUAUGUUAAUUUACAAAAGUCAUUGAUUUGACAGCAAUGUGUGCAAAAUUUACUGAGCGACUUUUGUCAGAUCUAAAUUAAAUGCCUUUCUGCCUUUGUUCUGUACUCAAUUACAUAACAUAACAAUUCUUUGGAAGGUUUUGCUUUGCAUAAACUUCAAAUACUUUGCUACAUUCUAAAGAAAGUUGUGUUUCUCUUUCUAGUGGAAGUAGAGGGAGGCUCAGCUAUGGAAAAACAGCAGGUAGAGGAUUUCAUUUGUGGAAAAAAAUUGCCUUAAUUAGUUGAAGAUGUAUAAUUUUUGACUUAAUUAAAAUGUUCAAAAAACCUAAUUUUGGUAUUUUCAGAAACCUGCCUUAAUUGUCUCAGAGUCAAUGAUAAUUAUAGCUGUAUUCAUUAUUUUUAUAUACCACACAAGUGAAUAGUGCUUUUCAUACAUGCCAAUUAAUGGCUUAAUAAUGUUUGGGAAGUGAGUAACCAGAGUGCUAUUCACCUUAGGGCAGUUGAAGACAAAAGCGUGUCUCAUAAGUUUAAUUUCCAACCAUUUUUUGUAGCAUUAAAAGAAAUAACUAAUCUUUCAAUUGUAAAUACUAAUUCACCUCGGUGUCAGUGGAAGUUGUGGAUAUUUACCUCAACUAUGGUGAAUUAUUGUUAAGUGCAAUUAAUACCAGUGUGAUAAUAAUAUUAUUGUUAUUGUGAUAAUUAAUAAAAUUAAGAAAUUCAUCAUCUUUCCACACAUUUGAAAAAUUUUAUCCACAAAAGUAUAUGUUAGUCUGAAUAUAGGUGCAGAAUAGUUUAUCUAAUAAAAAUACCUGAAUAUUUUUUUAUUUCUAUCAAUUUCUCUCAACAGGUUGCACCACCACCAGUAUCAAAACAUGCAAGUCAUAUCAGUUUGCCACAUAUUGGAAGCCCAAUAGCUCGGCAGAAGAGUACAUUUUCCACUGAGAAGUACCCAGUCAUCAUACAUGAGCCUUCAGCUGUUAGAACAGCCAGACGUGUAAGUCUCUGCCUUGUCCAGCAUGUGUUGAAGUUGCUAAUAUUCAUAUUUUAUCAAUUUUGAUACCACUUAAAAUGAGGAGUAAGAGAUUAUUGACCAUUUAACCCCCAAGAGUGAUUAGCAUCUAAUUUCUCCUUACAAUAUCACCCCCCAAUCAAACGUGAAGGUCAUGAGAAUAAAGGAAAUUAACUUCUUAGUUACACAGUUUAAUUCUCCUUAUUAGCACCUUGGGAUAUGAUAGAAAACAGUAUGGAGAAUAUACAUACUGAUGUUAUAGUGUAAAGGGUUAAAGAGGAGAGAAAGGAAGGAAUAGAUGGUCAUGUUACUCCACCGAAAUAUGCCAGUCAGAUAACAUCUUAAUGGUGUUCAGGACAACUUGGUCAGCGAAGAGACUUGUAGACUUGAUGGUGUGUAGUUAAAUUCCAGAAAGCUCUUGUCUAAGCCAAUUGAUUUGUUCUAGUGCUUAAACUUCAGGGGCCAGUUGUAGAGGGCAGAUAACACUAUCCAACAAAAAAAUUGCUAUGCAGUGGAUGAGUGAUAGUAAAACAUACUGCGUUAUCCACUGGAUAGAGAUUUAUUCAGUGGAUAAUGUUAUACAAUCUUUUAAUAACUAGAAAUAGCGUAUAAAAUAUAAGCAUAUAAAUAUAGAAAUAGCCUUUCAAUGAUGCAUGUUGUGCCGUAGUUUGUACCAGCUUGAGUCAGUAAAGUCUCACAGUUACCUACAUUAAUACUACUUCGAUAGAAUCCAACGAAACUGUAUCCCCAGCACUCCUCAUCUUGGUGUGAAGAUUUCGAAGGAGGUUAUAGAAUUCCAAGAAUUUUCAAAGUGAAAUCAAAACAAAAACUCCAGAGUGCAAAAGGCAUUGUGCAGGUCAGUUAAUACUAAAGACUGAAAAGAAGUGAUUUCUCCCAAGUCAUGAGCAAGUGUUCUAUUUUUAAAAUUAGUGACUACAAGCUUAAUUUUCUUUUUUCCAGUGAUAUUGGAUGCUUAGUAGAUUAAUAUAUUAUUUUAGAUCUGUUACAGUGUCAAAACAAAAUUUUUGUCUCAUGCAUUGUGAAAAUUUUGUUAUUCCCUUAGCCACGUUAUUUACUAAGAAAUGAGGAAAGUCCUAAAAGUGAGCGGCAAGUUAUUGAAUUGUAAGUUUCAAAAUAUCUUUAGCUUUCUGAAAAUUAAAGAUAAUUAAAAUAUGUUAAAUUAAAAGCUGAACAAGCAUUGGAUAGGAGAGAGGGAGUGAUUGAUGAAAAGAUGGUUUAUACUCAUGGGUAUUAAAUAUGCCAACUCUCUUGGAUUAUCAAAGGGUCUCCUGGAUUCUGAACUUAUCUCCCAGUCUCCAGCACAGUUUGCUUAAAAAAUGGAAACAAUUGCCAUUUUUUCAUAAAGUAGCUAAAAAGGGGAAAUCAAGUAUAUUUGGUCAGGAAAGGUUUCCUCUUUGUGAAUGUUUUGCUGAUUAUAGAAAUUUUGCAUCCAUGUUAGUGAUAACAGUUCAUGGGAGAGGCUGGGAUAAAGUGGUGUUUGAGGGUGGGUGGGUGGAGGGGUUCUUGAUUGAAGAAAUUCUCCUCCCACCCACUCUUAGAGAUCUUCAGAUUUCAGUUUUCCAGUGGGUUGCAUUUCAGGAAACCUAGCACAUACUCUAGCUGACAAAAGAUGAUUUGAAGUCCUGCAUUACUGUAUCAAAAAAUUGGUACUCAACACAUUUUUUCAAUUCCAAUGUUAGAGAUCUUGCCAAUACAUCCUUGUGGAAGCCAUCUAUGCUAAAGAAAAUAGUUACAGCAUUGAAAGGUAUAGUACAGUAUUUUAUUACUGAUUACGAUGUUAAGAUGAAAGGUUCUUUAACCUUUAACUCACAUGAGUGACCAAGAUGGAAUUUCUCCAAACAAUAUCCACAUAACAUCAAGCAGACAAGCGAUAAGAAUAAAAAAAGAUAUCAAUUACCAAAUUCUCCAAACUAUAACAUCAUAAAAAUUGUACAGCAGACUUUCAGUAAGGAGAAUUACUCAUUACAUCUUGGGAAUGAAUGGGUUUAAAGUAAGAAAUUUAUUUCACAACAUCUGAUGAUCAAUCAGUUCUUUCCUCUUGCUGAUACUCAUCUCCUUGUGCAGAUAAGUUUUUACAUUUUCAUGACACAUCGCAUUUUUGUGGAAAUUGAAUUGAGUGUGAAGUGAGGUUUAUUGUUAAUUGCAUGUCCAGAAGUUAAAGAGUUAAACUGAGCAUAGAGUCUUUCAGUAGGUUUUUUGCUCUCAUUGGUUUGAUGGCUAUAAUAAAAAUGAUUCCUAUUUUGGGCAUGGUAUACUAUAAUAGAGUAAUUUUCAGUAUUAUUUUUCUGUAUUUUAUUCAGGAAUGUUUUACAUUUGCUGGAAUUCACUUUUGCAAUAAUUAAUAAUAGAUUAUAAUUAUUACCAUUAUCAUAUGAUAAUGACUUCUUUCACUCCCAAAAUCUCAUUGAUACUUCUCCUUACUGUCUGCCAUACAGUUAAUAUGCUGUUAGUUCAGAGAAUAAGGUAUUGUAUCAACGAACAAUCUCCUAACUUAUAUAUAUUUUUGUUUUAUUCACAUCACUAAUGACUGCUUGAUAUUGUUUUGAUAUUGUAAGUAAACAGUUUGCCUUGGUCACUCAGGGGUUAAUGGUUAAGAUCUGAAUUUUUUGAUCCAACAGCAUUUACGCCAAUGCAGAGAGAGCAGUCAUUAGUUGUACAAGGUGAUGGUCCCAGGUGGAACAGAAUUCAGGUAAUGACGAAUUAUUUUAUUACCCAGUAUGUAAUUUUGUUGUACAGUAAGGGUAUCACUGCUACAUGUACAUGUAAGUUGUUAAAUUAAUGAAAGAAUUAUUUCCUUAUAGACUUUGUUGAGUGAAAGAGGUGUGUUGUCUUCAAAUUCAACAGUAGCUGCGGAAGCUGUAAAGGUAAUGCUCACUUAACAAUGUACACCCUUACAUGAGUGUGCAUACAGUAAACACCCGUGUAUAAGAACCUAGUGAUUUAAGAACCUACAGGCUGAAAUUGGGCAUUUUAGUACCCAAAUAUAUAAGAACCUAUUUAGGCUGGCAAAGAACAAUAGGUUCUUAUACAAAAAAACACUCUUAUUUUGUAGCCAAAAUACUGGAUUUUAAUUGAAAGAAAUUGUGAAAUUUCUGAGAAACACCAUGAAAAUUAUUUGUUUAAUUGAAAAUCUUAUAAAUACAGAGUAUAGAAUACUGUAUAAAAUUAUACUGGUGUAGCCUUGGGACUUGAAUCUGUAGAGUGCCCUGACUUUUGCUCCUGUGAAAUACACAUUACUGCUUGUCUUUUUCAGUCCAACUGUAACAGUGAUACCCUAUGAUACUGAAUUUAUUACUGUUUAAAAAAUAAGGCUUGGCAUUUUUUGCUGUUUAAAAUACAAAUGUUCAACCAUUAUGACAUACUAGUACUACAGUAGUUCUCUGAAUGGUAUCACUAUGACAACUCCUACAAAUAAGAACCUACUAAGAACCUAAUCAGCCUGAGUUCGGAAAAACUACCCCAAAAUAUAAGAACCCAUUCAGCCUGAACCCAAAAAUUCUAGGUUCUUAUAUGCGGGUGUUUACUGUAUUCUCCUUUCACUUUGUUAUACAUUUCUCAAAGGACUAACAAGGAGAAUUUGCCUAACAAUCAAAGUAUGCUUUAGUAGGUGAAUAUUUCUUUCAGUCUCAAGGCCUUCUCAGACUUUUUAUAUUUAAUUUAUUAGAUUUAAAUGUGAGCAAUUAUUGUGUAUACACCCUGUACUUCAUAAUGCAGACCAAGCACUGUAAAGUGUCCAAUCUAUUCAAGGCUGUCCAAUUCCUUAAGGACAUCUUUAGGUUGUUUAAGAUUCAAGACCCAGAAAGUCAUAUUCUAUUUGGUGGCACACAGCCAUUCAGACCAAUAUAAAAUAGUAACCUCCUAGAAUUAUUUAUUCACUGUGAGUUGCUUACUUUAACCUCUGACUAUAUAUUAUUUUUAAAGUUAGAUUCCUCUGUAAGUAAAAUGUGAUUCACAGUUCUUUUCCUCUUAUUUAGACUAUUGGUCAGCUCAAGUGCCGUGAGAAGUGUGUUAUAGAUACCUUGACUGAAGUGGUAUGUACUGGUUCAAUAACCCUUUGGACUCCUGAGAUCUGAUUAUUAAUUCCCCCUUUAGCUGCUACACAUUUCCUUACAAAUUAAUUAGGAGAAUUUGGUCUUGGAUGAAGAAAAAACUUGUACCUGAUAAAUUUGAGUAUUCUUGUUACCUUUUAGCUUGAAAAUAUAUAUGGACAAAAAGGGAGAGGUUACAAGUUAAUCACUUCUGAGAAUUAAAGGUUUAAUGAAUAUUAGUGCUCUUAUGAGAAUUUAAGUUGAACAUCUCUCAGAUUGUUCAUUUAAGAUUUAAAACUAGGGAGAGGGCAGAUAUGAUGGUUGAUUUGCAAAAAAGCAUUUGCAAAGAAAUGUCAUAAACUGAUUUAGGAUUUUCCACAUGUAUUAUGGAACUCCCCUUGAGAAUCUUUUUGUUACUGUUAUUUAGAGCCAAUUUCUGGUUAAGAUACUUAAAUCUCAGACGGUGUGCCUCUUUGAUUGUUUAUCGUUUCACAAAAAGAUCUGACAAGGCAAAAUAAAAAAAUGUGCCACUCAAACUGUAUGUAUUAAUAUUCUAUUGCUCUUUUUCAGAUAAAACAACAAAAAGACCCAAAAGUCUGCUAUGAAGCAAGCAAGGCAUUAAUCUUAUUAGGUGAAUUCUUCAUUUUUGGUUUUGGAUUAACUGCAAAUUUCUCAUUUUCUUCAUUAACAUUCCAUAGCCACACCCUGAGACACAACAAUAUCAUCAGCUGAGCCACAUUUACAAUCUCCUCAACUAGACUUUGUCUUGAUAAUAUUAUUAUUUUCUUGACUUAAAAACUAAUUGUUAUUAAAGACCAGGGUAGGUUGGUAUGUGAAUAUGUUAAAUGACUGUUACAUGGCUCAUUUCUUCUAUCUUCUACCCUAGGGACAUGGGAUCCUUAUGGUAUGGCAGUUAUAAGACAAUACAUCAACAAAGGUUAGAAAAUCUCAAAAUACUCUUUGCAAGCAUUGCACAUUGAGAGGAGAACACUUCCCAUGGCUUCUUGCAAAAAUGUAGAGCACCAUCUUUACAUAAUACAUGAGAAAAAUAGUGUGACACUUCAGCCCACUGGGGGAAAUCCAGUUACUCUGGCAUUUCUUAAUGUGAUGCUUUACAGACCUAAAUAUCAUCAUUUCACAAGUGUUGAUCAAAUGUUGAUGAAGGAACUUUUCCUUCACUUUGUUUACUUUACAGGCUAUAUAAGUGACUUUCAGUUUUCUGAAUAUCUUUUAGUUGAUUUGAACCAAUUUUAGCAAUAUUUCCUGAAAUUCUCUCUCUUUCCAGGCAAUAAGGAUGUUGUGUUGGAAUUAUUAUCAACAAUGACUAAAGCUAGAGAUAUAGCUUUUGUGGACAAGGUAACUACAAUACUCUUACUUCUAACUUUUAGUUUGAGUUGAUGCACUCCCCCCCCCCUCUCUCUCUCUUCAGAGAUAUAAAAAGCAAUGUUAAAGAGUGAAAACUGGGUGUCACAACGCUCACAACAACCAAUCAAAGGAAAGAAAAUACCACAAACUGUCUGGAAAACCUUAAAAAAAAUGAUAGGGGUAACUAAACUAGCAUCCCAUUUAGGGGAAAGGGGGGCAGUGCUCUUUUUUGGGGGGGGGGGGCACCAAAAAUUAUUCCUUAAAUCCUUGGCACACUAUGAAGCAAAGGUGAUUUAAUAAAGUAAUCACCUUCUAUUUUAGACCACCAAAGAGUUUAAGCAGAUGGUCAGUUUACUAAUACACACUGUAAAGACCCAGUCUCCCGAGCUAGCAUUUCAUGCAGCAGUGAGUCUUGGUCGAUUGUGUGUGGUUGAACCAGUCUCAAAGAUGUACCUCAUCACCAGGCUUCCUGGGUUGUCUCCACGUGACAAGGGAGAGGUAAGAGUUUGGCCUUUAAACAGAGGGAAAGAUAUAGCUUUUUAUGCAUUAAAUCAAACUACUGAAUAACCCAUAGGAAUAUGUGGAUUGGAAUAUUGAAACUAUGAAACUCUCGAAUGUAAUUUGUUUUUUCCAUAGGCAUUGUACGUUUUGAUUAAACAAAUGAAUUGUAAGGAAAAACUGGUCUUGGAUGCGUUAUUAGAACAGCUGAGUACGGCUCACAACUGGAAGGUGAGUUUGUCUCUUUAUUUUCCAUUCAACCCUAUCGAGUUUAUUAAAAGAAUCGCUAAGGUUGUUCAAUUCACCUACACGGACUAAGUCUGCGAAUUUUUAUAACUCUAGAUAUGUGUUUUCUUUGCGUGCCAACCUUAAAUGGUGAACCGUAAGUAAAACAUGUCAUCAGCUUGAUUUAAGGCGGGAGAAACUAGGUCCCAGACCACUCACUUUAAGCGUAGGAAAAACGUGACACGCGCCUGUAAAUAUUGCAAAGAGCGUGAAAGUGCGUGUAGUAGCAUUAACAAAAGGACACUUGUUGACAAGAUGACUGUCAGUUUUAAUAGAGCAUGUUGCCUGAACUUCGCAUUCUUAGGCAGCUUAAAAACCAAAACCUCAAGAUAUUCGGUAGGACAAACUGUCUAAAUAAAAGUUGAUACCGACUUUGUUUUCUCCCUUUGUUUGACAGCUAAGAAUGGAAGCAGCUGAUUUACUCAUUUUUGUUGGUACGUGGAGAUUUAGUUUCUUAAUUUGUUUUCUUAAAUAAUUAUUCAAUCUUGUUCCAGUUCAAUCAUUUUUAAGCUACAGAGAGUAGUUUGGACGUUGACUUAGUGGUUAAGCGUUACGUUUACGGAGAAACUGAAAAUAUUUGAGUUUCUCAGCGUCUAUUGUUUGCUCAAUUAGGUACUAUAGUUUGCUUAGCUACGAACAAGACACUCGCAGAAGAUGUUUCAAGGAUCAUAGGAAUGGCUAGGAAUUGGAAUGAGAACGGAAGUCCGUUUUGUUUUUGCUAGUUUGCUGUAAUCUUAACUCCUAAACUUCCUACGGUAGCGAAUUUUCAACCGCUGUUGAAGUUUGCCUUUCAGUUUAAUUUUUAUUUGGGAAAUUUCAGGAUCAAGAGACGUUUUUAAAGUGAAAAGUUCGGAUGAAGUGUUUGAUACACUGGAAGAGCUUCUUUGGGAUCACGCUAAUAAGGUAUACGAAGUUAUGAACUAAACAAAUUAACAAAUGUUUACUGCGGGAAGCAUCGUUAAAUAAUAUUGCGCAUGAAAGCCUUGAUAAAAACGUAUUAGGGGGUUUAAACACGAGAUUUUAAAAAGUGAUAGUUAAAAUUUUUCUGCCCCCUAGUCAAAAUUGUUUAGUUUUGUUUCUUGGUGUUCCGCUUUGUAGGAAUUGAGAAGUAAAGUGUCCGAAGCAUUGAGCUCGCUUGGCUUGCGACAAAGAGCAUGUCAACUGGUGCUAAGGUACAUUUUAAAUCUUGGAAUUUUAAAAUCUCUCGGACCUUUUCUCCGUCACAUAGUAAAAUUAGCUUAGUUAUGUCCAGUUCUCUGUCCGUAGAGACAAACGAAUAAGGGUGCCAGAGAAAAUCGCCGGGGUCUAAGACAGGAGUAGCCCUAUUUCUCUCUUCCCUCUUCUGCUCUGACGAAGGGAUAACGCUCGAAACGUCAGCCUUUCAGCUCUUUACAGUGGUCAAUUUACGUUUUCAACUCAGUUGUUAGCACUAAAUUGCCUGCUAUACUCUCCCACCGACGCAGCACCACAGUUUCUUUAGAAACUUACCUCCUUUGAUCAGAGAACUAACUCGUUCACAGUGGUCUCGUUUCUAGUGGGGAAGUGUAGUACUACCACGACGAAGGUGAGAAUGAGAGAGAAAAUGUGAAAACGAUGAAGAGGAGCUUCAUCUGAAUCCAUAUUUUUCUUGUCUCUUUUGUUUGUUCCAGUGUAAUUUUUUUUUUUGGGGGGGGGGGGGGUGGGGGAAGGCUGGGGUUGCUUCUGAAUGGCCAGCUUUAUUAUUGUUUAUGAUUUUUGUGACUGGCCAUUUUGAGUGUUUCAAUCUUGCAUGGCUGUUAAAUACCCAACUAAAAUCUGUCACGAACUCUUUGCUUAACCCUUACUUUGGUUUCGCAUUUGAACCAGACGACUAGAAGACCCAGCAGAAGAAGUUCGCGGGCGUGCAGUCAUUUCCUUGGUAUGCAAAUUAAUAAUUUUUUUAAAAUAAUAUUGCUGUUUUGAUUAUCUUAAUUUAUUCAUUUAUUUCGGAUUUGUUGCGUUUUUUUUUUGUUUAACUUUUGUUUUUUAUUGUUAUUGUCAUUGACAGUGUCAUUAUUGUUUUUGGUUUCCUUGCCAUUUCAUUAUCAUUAUCAAUUUUUUUGUCGUUACCGUUAUUCAUUUGUUUUUUCAGGCAAUAACCCUUUAACCUUUAAGAGUGAUUAGCAUCUAAUUUCUCCUUUCAGCAUCAUCCUGAAUUAAACAUUUAUGGUAAUAAGAGUAAAGAAAAUGAUCAUCAACUUAAUGCGCUCGUGAUUGUUAAACAAAAUCUCCUCUUGUCAGACCCAUAGGAAAUUUAUAGAAGGCAGUAUAGAGAAUAUCUAUCCUAAUGUUUAUGUGUAAAGGGUGUAGCUUUCGUUAUGAAUUACAGGAUUUCCCAUUCAAAGCUGAAGUCUGAUCUGUCGUUGUUUCGUCACAGAGAGACGACAAUUUUUAGACUCAGAUUCUGGCAACGGAACGCACGAGUUGAUACUUGAUGUUUUUUCAUCCACAGGCGACUCUAGAGAUGAAAGGAGUGAAAGAAAUGAAGGCGCUGUUAGACAUCUUAGAACUGGACUCUAGUGGUUAUGUCAGAAUACAGGUGACGUUAAGUACUCUGUGUUUUUUGUAUCAUAGAGUCUUCCCGAAAUAUGCUUCAAAUCUUUGCGAUAUGCAUGCACUGUCAGGAAAACAAGAUACUGUCACGGAAUUUGGCCUCUGUUUUUUACCAAGUUAUUAUGCAAAAAUGAGCGAAAAUCACCAAUGUGUUGGCUAUCAUAAUAAUAAGUUGAAGAUUUGAUCUCCAGUUGAAAAACUGUUCUCUGUUCCUCAGGUUGUGAGAGCCUUUGGUCUUAUGGAGUGGAGCGAUCCAAGAAUCCUUCGAAGUCUAAAAGAGCGGGAGAAAGGCGAAGGGGCGUUAGCAAAGUGAGGAUGUUAAAGGAGAUAGAAUGUAUUAACAUUUUUUUCUGAAAAAUGAGAAAAAGGGAGAAAAAAUUUAACUUCAACCAAUUACUUUUCCAUCAUAGAAUAUCAGAUUUCGAUUGAAAAGCUUUUUAGUGGACGUCAUCAAUAAGUGUCCUUUGUUUUUCUUUCAGAGAAGCAAGAAAAACACUGGCUUAUUUAACAAGGUUAGUACUUGUGGUUGUUUAGUCGAAAAGCUAGCACUGUGUUGAGAGUUACUGUCUUCCUGGUGUCUGUGAACUUGGCCGGUAGGAUAAAACAAUUUAAACAAAAAAAAUUAUACGCACAAGAAGACCUACAUUUAUAUCAAUAACCUCCCUUUCAAAUCUGAUAGCAUUGCUUCCCUCUUUGUCACGCAACGCUUAACUUCGUCCAGCGCUUCUAGAAAUUGAACUACUGCCCCCCGCCCUCCCAUUCCCUGACCCAACAACAGCCUGUUCAAAACAAGUUAAGAAUAAUGUUGUCUUAGGGGAGGGGUAGGUGCGCAGUUGCUCAGAUACUAACAUUAACCUUUUCUAACGUGGUUGUUUUCAGAUCCCCUGGCAAGACAUCCAUGGUUGAAUGA